AUGGAUAGUGCAACUGAACUCAAGUCAGCUGAUGAAUUACUUGCUGCGGCCGCACGAUCGCUUAUUACCCGAGCUUCCUCAAGCUUUCACGCCUACUAUGGCUUAUCAACAACAAGUUGCCAGGUCUAUGAUACGGCUUGGGUGGCUAUGAUUUGCAAGAAAGAUGGCGAAAAGAAAUGGUGGCUUUUCCCAGAGAGCUUCUACUAUCUCUUGAAGACCCAGUCAGAGGACGGUAGUUGGGGCAGUGAUUCUGCGACGCAGACCGCAGGCAUCUUGGACACGGCUGCCGGCCUACUGGCACUUCUCAAACACAUCAAGGAGCCUUUCCAAAUCAACGAUGUAUCGAGUGAUGAAAUUUCCAAGCGAAUUGACGCUGGUAUUGACUCACUCAAGCAACAGUUAGCAGCCUGGGAUGACAUCCAAAAGUCUAAUCAUAUAGGCGUUGAGAUCAUUAUGCCCUCAUUAUUAACCUACAUUGAAGAGGAACAUGGGACAUCUUUCAAUUUCCCUAGUCGAUCGACACUUGAAGCCAUGAACAUAGACAAAAUGUCACGCUUCAGCUUGGAGUCGUUGUACGACAAAAAGCCUUCUUCAGCAGUUCACUCCUUAGAGGCUUUCCUGGGUCGAGUUGAUAUGGGACGGCUGUCCCAUCACUUGUAUCACGGUUCUAUGAUGGCUUCACCUUCUUCGACAGCCGCCUAUCUAAUAGGCACAACUCAGUGGGAUGAUGAGGCUGAAGCAUAUCUGAGAUACAUCAUGACAGCCGGCGCUGGACAUGGAGAUGGCGGGAUUUCAGGGACGUUUCCUACCACGUACUUCGAGUAUAGUUGGAUUCUUGCAACAUUUUUGAAGAGUGGCUUCUCAAAAAAAGAAAUCGAAUGUACUGGGAUGCAUGUCUUCGCAGAUAUCCUACGUACGGCUUUCAACACGGAGGGUGGCAUAAUUGGAUUUGCCCCUCGAACAGCAGACGUAGAUGAUACAGCAAAAGGCCUUCUAGUGCUUAGCCUACUUGGUUACCAUGUUGGCCCAGACCAAAUGAUCAAGGUUUUUGAAGGCCAAAAUCAUUUCACUACAUUCGGGUCCGAGCGAGACCCGAGUUUUACGUCAAAUUGUCAUGUUUUGCUUGCACUCCUUCGUCAACCAGACGUUUCGUCAUAUCGCUCGCAAAUAAGGAAGACCAUCAUCUUCAUCUCUGAGUGGUGGUGGUAUAACGAUCACCAUAUCAAGGACAAAUGGCACCUGAGUUAUUUAUACCCGACCAUGCUUUUGACUGAGGCCCUUGCAGCUCUUCUUCAAUCUCUGGACCAAGGAGAACUACCGGAAAUCCUGGAUGCCCAGUUGGAAUGUCGAGUUAACAUUGCGUUGUUUCAAUCCUGUUUGCGAGUCCUUCUAGAACAGCAAGCAGACGGCUCCUGGAACUAUCUCCCCGAGCAGACUUCUUAUGCAAUUCUAGCCCUUUCUCACGCCCGCAGAGCGUUACUAUUUGAGGACCUACAGGUAGAGAUACUGUCUAGUAUUAGUCGAGGAGCUCAGUUUCUCGAAACAUGCAGCUUUCGUUCAGCGGACUUGAACUGGACUUCAAAGACUACCUACAACGUUUCAUUCGUGGCGGAGGCGUACAAAUUGGCCGCUUUGAAGGUGUCUCACUCACCGCAUGAACAUAAUCGUUUUGGUCAGAGUAUCAGUGCUCACCUGCUUCCAGCCGGAUUAAAUCGCUACUUGGGCUUGGUUCGUCGAACCCCAUUAUUCUCCGAGGUGCCAGACUGGCAGAUACGGGCAUCACUACGAGAGUCAUCUCUAUUCAUUCCUCUUCUACGUAUGAAACGGCUCCAGGUGUACGAUAGGGAUGAUAUUCCGGUAACUGAAGAUAACUAUCUGGACAUAAUCCCAUUCACCUGGGUUGGGUGCAAUAACAGGCGUGGUACUUUUGCAUCCGCUUCCUUGCUCUACGAACUGAUGACACUCUCGUUAUACGGAUACCAGACGGACGAGUUCAUGGAAGCCAUCGCUGCGCCAGCCUCCCAUGGCGCCGUGGACUUGCAUGCCGUCAUUGAUGAUGUUGUAAACAACUUGACCAGAAACACAGACCUCUCUUGCAAUGGCAACAAUAAUAUGGACAUCACGAGAGAAAUUCCCAAUAAUGGCUUCCACCAAGGGGAGCCGGCAAGCAAAAAGAUCAGCGCUGCUCUCGUCCGCUUCGUGGCAUACGUUCUCAACCAUGAGGCAGUGGCGAGAGCCAGUGCUCAUGACAAGCAGAACCUACAGAGAGAGCUCUUGGCGUUCUUGCAUGCGCACGCUACCCAGAAUUCAGACAACUCGCGGUUCAAGACGCAGCAACAAGAUCCCACCUUCUUCACCUCUGCCGAAAGCUCGUACUUUCAGUGGGUUCGCACCACGGGCGGAAACCAUGUCGCUUGCGCGUAUUCCUUCCAAUUUGCAUGCUGUCUCAUCUCAGCGUCCCUAUGCUCUGGCAAAGAGGUCUUUCCAACUGUGACGGAAAAGUACCUCGCAGCCGCACUCACUCGCCACCUAACCACUGUUUGUCGUAUGUACAAUGACUUUGGAUCAGUAUCCCGCGAUACUGCCGAGGGAAAUGUUAAUUCUGUUCACUUCCCAGAGUUUCGUCAAUGCUAUCCAAUACUAGACGGGAAGUUGGCGAUGAAGAAGCAAGCCCUCAUUGGCCUGGCUGAAUACGAGCAGAAGGUCCUCGAACAGACAAUGCAAGCUCUCGAGCGCGAGUGCGAGCGAACAGCAUCUAUCAGCGGUGGGAGUGAUCUCGUAAGGAGGAAACUGAGCAUUGUGAAGCUUUUCUGCGACGUGACUGAUCUCUAUGAUCAGCUCUAUUUCUUGCGGGAUCUGUCUAGUACCAUGAAGUAA